CUUUUUCUCUGUUUCCCUUUAGGUAAUGCAAGACAAAAUCAUAUGCCUUCCACAGAGAACAGCAUCGCCCUCUGACAACGCAAGUGAAGUGGAGGUGAAGUCACUGUUGCACCUGCAAUCCAACAUUUCAGCUGUUCAAGAGAUGACAGGCCUGAAGACGGACCUGGAUCUUCAGCAGUACAGUUUCAUCAAUCAGAUGUGUUAUGAGAAGGCUCUACACUGGUAUGCCAAGUAUUUUCCCUAUUUGGUUCUCAUACACACUGUGGUAUUAAUGGUGUGCAGCAACUUCUGGUUCAAAUUCCCUGGCUCCAGCUCAAAAAUAGAACACUUUAUCUCCAUGCUUGGCAAGUGCUUUGACUCUCCCUGGACCACGCGAGCUUUGUCGGAAGUGUCCGGAGAAAAUCCUGAAGAGAAGGACAGUAAGAAGACCAGUACUUUUAAGUCCAACAUCACAGUGUGUCCUGGAGAAGAAAGUGUAGAGAAGACACAGUCGCUCCGGUCAAUCCCAGAGAAGAUUGUAGUUGAAAAACCAUCCGCAAGUGUCCUUGAUAAAAAAGAGGGCGAACAAGCCAAAGCUCUUUUUGAAAAGGUGAAGAAGUUCCGUCUGCAUGUUGAAGAAGGGGACAUUCUUUACCUGAUGUAUGUUCGGCAAACGGUCGUCAAGGUGUUUAAAUUCCUACUAAUCAUUGCCUAUAAUAGUUCUUUAGUGAAUAAGGUGCGGAACAGAGUUCACUGUGAGGUGGAGAUCCAGGACAUGACAGGCUACAAAGAGUUUGAGUGUAAUCACACUAUGGCCCAUCUGUUUUCUAAGCUGUCCUACUGUUACCUGUGCUUAGUGGCUGUGUAUGGAUUAACAAGCCUUUACACCUCCUACUGGCUGUUUUACCGCUCACUGAAAGAAUACUCCUUUGAGUAUGUGCGGCAGGAAACAGGCAUCAACGACAUCCCAGAUGUCAAAAAUGACUUUGCCUUCAUGCUACAUAUGAUUGACCAAUAUGACCCGCUGUAUUCCAAAAGAUUUGCAGUUUUUUUGUCUGAGGUCAGCGAGAACAAGCUCAAACAGCUCAACCUGAACCAUGAGUGGACUGCAGAGAAGCUGCGCCUGAGACUCCAGACUAACGCCAAUAACAGACUAGAACUUCAGCUGUUCAUGCUUCCUGGGUUACCUGACACUGUCUUUGAGUUGACAGAGCUGCAGUCACUCAAGCUCGAAAUGAUCAACAAUGUCACCGUGCCUGCCUCCAUCUCUCAGCUGGCAGACCUGCAGGAGCUGUCUCUUUAUCAAUGCUCUUUAAAGUUGCACACAACAGCUACCUCCUUCCUCAAAGAGAACCUGAAAGUGCUUCGUGUGAAGUUCGAUGAUAACAGGGAGCUUCCAAACUGGUUGUAUGGCCUGCGCAACUUGGAGGAGCUCGCUCUCACUGGAUCCCUCAGCCCCGAUGCCUCGAAGAAUAUAGUUCUUGAGUCACUGCGGGAGAUGAAAUGUUUGAAAACACUUUCCCUGAAAAGUAAUUUGACCAAGAUACCUCAGUCGAUAGUGGAUGUUUCCAGCCAUCUGCAGCGGCUGUACUUGCACAAUGAUGGCACUAAACUCGUGAUGCUCAACAAUCUAAAAAAGAUCCCCAAUCUGCUCGAGCUGGAGUUAGUGCGUUGCGAUCUGGAACGCAUCCCGCAUGCAGUCUUCAGCCUCACAAAUCUCCAAGAGCUCGAUCUGAAAGAGAACAACAUUCGGUCAAUAGAGGAGAUCAUCAGUUUCCAGCAUCUUCGAAAGCUCACUUGCCUUAAACUUUGGUACAACAGCAUCAUGUACAUCCCAGAGCAUAUCAAAAAGCUUGGCAGCCUCGAGCGCCUCUACUUCAGCUACAACAAGAUUGAGAUUUUGCCUUCGCACUUGUUCCUCUGCAACAAGCUGCGGCACUUGGACCUGUCCAACAAUGACAUCCGAUUCAUCCCUCCAGAAAUCGGAGUCCUCCAGAGUCUGCAGUAUUUUUCUGUCACAUGUAACAAAAUCGAAAACCUACCAGAUGAGCUCUUCUUUUGCAAGAAGCUCAAAACGCUAAAGCUUGGGAAGAACUCGCUGUCCAUAAUCUCACCAAAAAUUUCCUACCUAGCUCUGCUGACAUAUCUGGAGCUCAAAUGCAACCACUUUGAGUUCCUGCCGAAGGAGCUCGGGUACUGUCGUGCUUUGAAGCGCACUGGCCUUAUAGUGGAAGAUGCACUGUUUGAAACUUUGCCUUCAGACAUCAGGGACCAAAUGAAGGCGGAGUGAGACACUUCAUUGUAGCCGCAGUGCCUGCUGUUCGCUCUGUCCACGAGUUCCCAGCCCGACUUUUGUAUGAGGUCUGAACCAUGAAGUAUUACACAACUGUUUAAAAGAUUCCUCAAUGGAUGGAUACAUUAUUUAUUUGUAUGUUGUCACAUAAAGCUGCUACAGAGAUGCUAGUUCUGUUAUUAGCUUUUGACACGUUAUCCAUCCAUUAAUCUUUAAGGAAUAUUUUUUUGGCAUUUUGGGAAAUAUAGCAUUUCACUGAAGAAUAGAAAACUAGUAAAAAUCCACAUUUCUAUGUUAAAUGUUCAGUGACACCCAGAAGGUAAGGAUAAGGAUCAUAGGUAGGUGGAAGCCUUUCGCCUGUCUGAUGAUGGGGAGUGUUACAUUUUAUUGUCUUAAUUUGAUUGUUUUGUUAUGAACACAAAAAGGAGUUGUUCCAAUAUGGAUACCAGUAUAAGAAAUGUGUCACAUUCAGCCGGAAAUGCCAAAAUAGGGCUCCAAUCCUGUUCCACAUCAGAUAAUGCUAGAAAUGAUUUCUUAUUCACAGCUCCAAUACAGCAGUUGUGCACGAAUGUAAUUUAUCAUAGUGGAGCGUUAGCCAGUGUUAGCUAGCAUCAGCCUUUUUUUGUAAGUAAAAUGGUAACACAUUCUUCAGUAUGACUGGAAAUUUGGAUAACUGCAUUUUUUGUUUGUUUUUCAAAUGGUUAAAAACGAGUGAGGCAAUUCAACCAUUAAAUCAGUAAUCAUUCCUAUACAGCUUUACAUUUAUACUCAAUUUUCUUCUGUUUUAAGUCCAUACAUUCCAAACAUUAUCUCCCUCACUACCCUACAUACCUCUGUGUAUCUUUUGUGUUGGUAUGGAUAUUUACCCAAUGCUUCCUCUCGAUGGCAGUGCCGAGUACCGAGUUGCAGGCAUCAACAAACAUAGAGACCAUUAUUGUAUUGGUCAGUGAGUGAAGCCGAGCUCCUGGCUGUCACUCUCUGUUUUCUGGUCAGCAAGUAUGUUUUACAGUUGUUUCGCUGCAACUGUAGGUUGUUUCUUUACCCUUUUUCCUGACUGAUUGGACCAUUGACUCUUUACUGCUCCCACAAUUUCCAGUGGCAUUGAUCCAUUUCAUCCAUCAGAGUAUAAAUUGGCCUUUAAAAUAGGUCAUAUAGGUUGUGUGUACACUGGUGUAGGUUGGUAGGCAUUUUGGCUUAGAAGCAAAUUUCAGGUAUUGGAAUCGGUGUCACUGUGUUCAUCAUACUUUUUGGAAAGAAAGCAAAUUAGCAUAUUUUCCAAAAUGUACCUAUAGCACAAUUUUGAGUGCCACAUACAAAUUGUACUGAAUGUAAAUCAAAGCUGAAAACCUCAUGUUAUGAUGCAUUGAAUUGAGUGUUAAGAAAAGCGCUAUAAAAUUAUGAUGUAUUAUUAUUAUUAUUAUUAUUAUAAUAUGUUUUUAUGUUGCCUUUAUAAAGCUUUAUUUUCUUCAAAAGACUGUUAAUAAAGUGAACUGCAGGGGAAAUGCAAAAUAGUACAUGCUGUAUCCUGUCUAAACAAAUAUGUGUUGUAGAAAGAUACCGUUUAAGUGCAUUAAACUUAAAGGACUAUGCCAUGCUGUCUUUCUCCAGUUCCUGUAAUAUGCGAACAUAGAGUGUAGUGUAUUAAAAUUGUAUUUUCUUAAACAGCAUUAUUUUGUUGCUCAAUAAAGAUAAAUUUCUUUUUGUGGAUGUCA